AUGGAAGUAACAAUGUUGGAAGAAACAUUUUGUAGGUUGUGCCUAAAUACUAUAAGGAAUUCAAAUUGCCAGGUGAUAGGAGAAGUGAUAAGAGAUGUUCUAAGAAUUGUUUUGCCGGAUUUGAAUUUGGAGGAAAAAGUUAAACAUUUCAUGUGUAAAACAUGUUCCGUAAAAUUAUUUGCUGCUUUUAAUUUUAAGGCAAUAUGUAUGGAUACUGAGGAUUUAAUUUUUCCUCAUAUAAAGGCUAGUGUAAUGUCGGCGAUUGAUUUAAAGGAAGUUUAUCUAAAAGAGAAGGGAAAUAUUCAGUUAAUCGAUGUAUCGGAAGAUCGGAGAAUAUGUCGAUUAUGUUUUCAGCCGGUAACUUACCGAUUUGUGUCAUUAAAUGAAGUGGAUGUUGACAUAAUCGAUACAUAUAUACCACAGGUUAAUAUCGGUGCUACCAGGGAUUCUGUUAUAUGUGCAGCAUGCUUUCAUUUGCUUCGUACCCAUGGCAGUUUUUUAAAGAGCUGUCUUGAUGCACAUAAGAAAUACACAAACGUCUAUCAACAUUCUUACCUUAAAACCGAGGAAAUUGAAAUAAAACUGGAAGAUCAUCAGGACAGUGACCCUAUACCGCAGACCUCCGAUGAUGAGCCAUUGGAGGAGAGUGACUGUAGAGAUGCAGAAGGGGAUGAAUGUAAAGCUGAGAAUAGAGCAGCCAACAAAUAUAAUACGAAAUCCAAGAAGGAGCGGAAAGUAUCGUACAAAUGCGAUAAAUGUAUUUACGAAACUGAAAGCGAGAGGUGUUUUACGGCACACCGUGCGAGACACAAAAAUGAUUCGGUAGUGUAUAAAUGUGAAUCGUGCAAGUUUGAAACUAAAAAUAAGACAUUACUUCGGAGGCACCAGUACGAAUCAUGUAAUUACAAGAAAAAAUGCAGAUCUAACCUUGCCGAGCAUCAGGUGAAUCACAAAGCACAAUUGUACAAGUGCAACUUCUGUGAUUUCAAAACGAAAUGGAGGACCAAUUUUAAUAGUCAUUAUGUGAAACACAAAGACUCAAACAAAUGUGAUGAAUAUGAUUAUAAAACUGAAUGCAAGUCAUUGCCUCACAAGGACACUUCACAGCUGCCUAUUUAUAAAUGCAAUGGUUGCAACUACGAAUCAUUGAAUAAGAGUAGUUUCAUCAAACACCAGUUGGUGCAUAAAUAUCCUUUGCAGAUUCAAAUUUACAAUUGUACUGACUGCGAUUACAAAACUAAAUACAAGAGUUAUAUCAAACGGCAUAAACUUAAGCACAAAGAUCCUUCACAGGUUCAAAUGUACAAGUGUAAAGACUGCGAUUAUGAAUCUAAAUACAAAUGUGCUAUUAAAAAUCAUCAACUGAUGCAUAAAGAUCCUUUGCAGCUUCAAAU